GGCUCGCACACCGGCUGUGAGGAUGAUCGGAGACAUCCUGCUGUUUGGGACUCUGCUGAUGAAUGCCGGGGCUGUGCUCAACUUUAAACUGAAAAAGAAGGACACACAAGGCUUCGGGGAGGAAUCGAGGGAACCCAGCACAGGAGACAACAUCCGGGAGUUCUUGCUGAGCCUGAGGUACUUCCGAAUCUUCAUCGCCCUGUGGAAUGUAUUCAUGAUGCUGUGCAUGAUUACACUGUUUGGCUCUUGAGAAGCUAGAGCUCACCUGAUGGAUGUCGAGGCUCCAUUUCUGUUUUGAUGACUUCAAGAAUCUUUCUCAUCGGAAAACCAGGGACUUUCCCAGGGGGCUCGAGCUCAUCUGGAUGGAGAAUGUCCACUUGCCAGCCACCUGGCCCUCAUCAGCCACUGUUCACUCUAGGGUUUCAGGACAAAGCCAUGAUACCUUAGGAGAAAGACACACCUAAUCUUUCACAUGUCCUAGCAUCCCACCUCUCCCAGCAUCGCCAAAAACUUGUCCUGGGCUGUUUGGUUGACUUGUUAGUAGUUGCUUUGGUUUGAUUUGAUGGAUUGUUCUUAGUCAGUGUGAUCAGGCUCCAGAUGCAGGGCUGCUGUGACAGUGAGUCCCCUCUUCUGCACAGCAAGGUCCAUGCUGGUGAACCUGACAGUGUGGGGUCAGAGAGGUCUUGCUCCUAAAUAUUUCCCCCCACCCCAUGACAGGGUUCACCUGGGGCAGCUGAAGUCACCCCAGAACUUGGAAGCAACAGGUCCCCUGCCCCAAGGACAUCAGCCUCCUCUUUAGACUCUAAGCUGUUAGCCACCAAGGGUCUGGGUGACAUGUUUGGCUUCUCUGAAAGAGGCCUUGAGAAGAGUUGGUGGUGGUAACAUGUCAGCAGACAUCUUACUGUGCUUUCCAGCUGGUUGAUAAUAAAGUGACUUUGGGGCCAUUCCUCCA